UCUCUUUUUCAUUUUUACAUGCCCAUAAAACCGUAGAAAAAAACCGGAAAAAAAAAAGAGAGAGAAGAUACUAUGCAGAGGGCUUCUUAUUUAUUUUUAUCUUUAUUUAUCAUCUUAAACUAUUUAACUUGUCGCAGUUUUGCUUCUGAAGGGGAUGAUCAGCCUGCCUUCAAUCACUGUGUUGAUGAAUGUGUGCAACUAUCCUGUCCGGUAGAAUUAGACUUUUUUCUGAAAUUACUGAAAUGGAGCUGUUCGGAUAAUUGUAAAUAUACAUGUAUGCAAUCUCUCACAGACAAAGCACUUCAAGAAGGAACGCCUGUGUAUCAAUAUUACGGCAAAUGGCCGUUUUAUCGGUUUCUCGGCAUACAGGAGCCAGCCUCUGUUAUAUUUUCCAUUGGCAACGGUCUUGUUAAUCUAUAUUACUUUCAGCUUAUCCGCAAAAAAGCGCCUUCAACUUCUCAUUUGAGAGGAUUCUUGAUCCUUUACACCCUUCUAGGUAUGAACGCUUGGUUAUGGAGCACUAUUUUCCAUACUCGCGAUCGUAAAUUUACAGAGCUCAUGGAUUAUUUUUCAGCCGGUCUGCUUGUCCUUUACUCUCUGUUCUAUGCCAUCAUUCGAGUAUGCCGUGUACGCAAUUCCUUGGCAAUUAAAUGGCUGGGCACGGUUUUUGUUUGUCUGUAUGUUGCACACGUCGGUAAGCUGACGAUUGUCUCCUUUGACUAUACCUAUAACAUGUAUGCGAAUGUCAUUGUCGGAGCAUGUCAAAUUUUGGUCUGGUCUGGAUGGUAUAUAGUGCAAAUGCUGAAAAAGGGCAACAAUAAGUCCAUGUCCUAUGCCCGUUUGGGGAUCAUUUCGGGCCUCGGAGUUUCUCUGGCCGCGUCCCUUGAACUGUUUGACUUCCCGCCGAUUUGGAGGACGUUCGAUGCUCAUAGUUUAUGGCAUUUAUCAACCAUCCCUUUAACAGCGCUUUGGUAUAUGUUUUUAAUGGAAGAUCUAUGGCAUGAGGCCAAUCAUGAAAACACUUUUACAUCCUACAAGCUUCUACCUUAAUUUUUUAGAAUUUGAUUGUGCAUUUUUUAAAGCUAGAGUUCUAGUUUUACCGGCUAUUUUCAACGGCAUAAUUCAUUUCUUUUCAUAAAUGAUAAUAACAGACAAACUAGACAAAAUGACAUUUACAGCUAUUUAAACGACUUCAGUUUCAUUACUUAUUUAUUUAAAUCAAACAAUAUUGUAUAUUCAAGAAAUAAAAUGUAAAAUUAUUCAAAGGAG